AUGGUUGACACCGACGACGUGCUCUUCAACAUCUCGGCCUUCAUCGCCGGCCUGUUUCUCCUCGAGUAUGGCGCCGACAAGUUCGUCGACCACACGGCGAUUGUCGCCAAGCGGCUCCAUGUGUCACCCACACUGAUCGGAUUGUUGACCUGCGGUGCCGAGUGGGAGGAGCUCGUUGUCGUCGCGGUCGCCGUUGGCCGGGGCGACUCGAAUCUCGCCCUCGGGAAUAUCCUAGGCUCAUCGGUGGCCAACAUCCUGUCGUCCUUCUCGCUCGGCCUCCUGUUCAUGCGGCAAACCGAUUUCGACCGCAGCUCCAAAAUCUACACCGCGGUGCUCCUAGCUGCCACCUCGCUGUUCCUCAUCCUCCUCGCCACCGCCGAACUCAUCCCGACGUGGAUCUCCGGGUCCUUGCUGAUCGUGUUGUUUGUCGUUUACGUGGGCUCCGUGGCCUCGCUCAUUUACCGGGGCACGCUCACUGCACCGGAGGCCGACUCGGAUAGUGACAGUGACAGCGAUAGCGAGGACGGAAGCGCGUCCGAGAGCAGCGACAGUGACGCUGAAAGCGAGAACAGCAACGACAGCAGCAAGAAAAACAGCCAUAAAAACACUUCCCCCGGCGAUUCCGACUCCGACUCCGACUCCGACUCUGACUCCGAGUCCGAGUCCGACCUCGAACCUAACCCGUCCUCCUCCUCCUCCUCCUCCGACCACCAGCUCACCCUCCUGCGCUCAUCCAAGUCGAAGGCCAAAAAGACUAAACCCAAGCCCAAGCCCAAACCAAAGCGCAAGCCCCCAAAGCCCCUCCGUCACCACAUCACUCAACUCCUCCUCGGCCUCAUCGCCUUACUCCUAUCCGGCUACGUCCUCGCGCACAGCGCCUCCACCCUCGGGAACGCCCUCGGGCUCUCCUCCACUGCCGUCGGCGCAACCUUGCUCUCGAUCGCGACCACGCUCCCCGAGAAACUGAUUGCCGUCUUGGGCGGACUCCGGCACCAGCCGGGGAUUGUGGUGGCUAAUGCGGCUGGGUCAAAUAUCUUCCUGGUCACGCUCUGUGCGGGGGUCUUGUUUUUGGGAGGAGGUAAUGAGGGAGGGGGCUUAGGAAAGGCAGGGGAAGGGUUUGGGCUUUUUGAAGUAGCGGCUGUUUGGGGCGCUGCGGCGGCUAUGAUGGUGGUGAUACUGGUUGGUGGAAAGCGGUGGAUGGGAGUGGUGAUGUUGGCUGCGCAUCCGCUGUCAGCGCCGCGGCGCACCACGUCAUCAGGGCAUCUGCAGCCCAAGCACAGUGAAGCUGGGGUGGAGGGUGUUCUGGGCGCCUUCCCCAACAACCCCCGGAUUCUUUUCUUCCUCGACAAUCGUCUAGUUAACUCGACGCGGCUAACCAUCGUUUCUCCCACCAGACCGCCCACGAUGACAGCCCCAAACCCAACCCCAAUAUCCACCCACACCCACACCCUCACGCCGCCCUGCCGUCUCGCCCCCAUCGCUUCCCCCACUCCGACCCCUGGCCUCGAAGACAUCCCCCCUCUCCACGCCCAAUUCUUCUACGCCUCCUCGAUCCCCAUCGACGACCCCCUCUCCGCCUCAACCCUCGCGAGCACCACCACAACCACCAAUUCCCCCGCCUCUUCAACCUCAAACCCCGCGGCCGCCUCCUCUUCCUCAGACCCGAAUAAACGCCCGCUCCGGCCGUUCUCGCCCGGCGACAAUGCCGCGCUGGAACGCGCCUGGCUGCGUCUGGCAUCCGACCGGGACCGGCGGAGUCAUGCGCUCUCGCGGGCGACAGACCGGAGUCUGAGUCCUGGGUUGUCGAGGGAGAAUGCGGAGAAGUUGGCUGGGUUGGUGAAUGCGUUGGCGACGAAACACUGGGAGAAACAUGAUCGCGAGGGGGCCGUGCCCGGGUCUGGGUCUGGGUUUGGGUUUGGGGGUGGUGAGGAUGGAGGGCUGGCGCCGGGGAUUGAUGGGAUACCGGUGUGUUGUGCCGAGUUGGGGAUCGAUGCGUCGGCGGAGUUGAGGAAGGAGUUUUGUGCUGUCACGAGGAGAAGGCAGCAGACGCUCGAUCAUGACAGGGUGUUGGAGGCGGUCAUGGCGCAGUUGGUUAGGUUGAGGGUGGAAGCUGAGGGUGGUGUUCGUGACAACAACUCGCCGGUCGAGCCGGGGUUCCCGAUGAGCGCGAGCCCGAAAGUACAGGUCGGGAGUCUUGGCGCGAGGUCGCCGACACCACCUGUUGAUAGUGCGCCGCUCGCGUCAAGUCUCUCCGGGGGUACCUUUAUCCCGCCUCGGCCGCCGGUGGUGGACGACGGGAUUUCGGGGAAGCCGUUUGUGCGUGUCGAGGCCACGCCGCGGUCGAAUCGGUCGUCAGGUGUCGGCACCCCGGAUGACAAGGGGGUGAUCCGGAAUCUGCUGCGCGGAAGGGCCAGAACUGAUAGUCGGGCAUCCGCCCGGGGACGUCCCACGACGGAACGACUGGAAGAUACGGUUGAGAUCCCCGUUGGAAUAUCAAGGUUGCACAUGGUCUCGCUCCCAGUGCUGCAGAUGAAACCGAUUUACUGGUCACCUGUCAACGACAUUGCCACGGUAUUGCGGGCGACAUGGUUUUACAGAGACACCAUGGCGCCUGUGGAGCCCGUCAUUGCGAACCAGCUAGAGUCUGGCUACCGCGAGCUGCGACCGUGGACCGAGACAUGGCGCGAUGAGCUCAGGUCAGCACUAGAUGUUGGCCCGCUGGGUGAGGAAAAAGUCUCCCACCGUCUGUGGCCCGAAGUGCCCGAGAAACGAAACAAGCGCAAGGACGGAGUACCUCCAGAGCCACCCAUCUCUUCCGAUCCCUUUUGCGCGGCCAGGUGUUUCCGCGGCGAGGCCGCUACGGAGGGAUCACUCGAACCUGUCCACGCAGAGGAAAACACCGCAUUAACAGCCCCUGAGUCGAGGUUAUAUGCAAAUUACCAGGUCAUCUACAAGGACGAUUCGAGCGCCUUUCUGUUGAAGCCGAGCCAGCGUCCCUCAGCGUACUACGGCCGCAAACCCGUGGCCAAGAUCAUGAAGGGCAUGAACGUCGGUGUCCCCAUCGUGCGUGGGUUCGACCAUGCUGCCUGGGAGCGGAUUCACGAUAAGGGUGCAGCCGCUCGUGCCAAACAAGGCCUUGCAGCGAGUGUCACACCGGACGCCGAGCUGCGUCAAACUGCCGAGCAGGGUGGUUGUCCGGCGUGUCGGGUCGACAAGGACCGGGGCCAGGUCACGGAUCUGGUCCUCAUGGCUCACGGUAUCGGCCAGAAACUGUCGGAAAGGGUGGAGAGCUUCCACUUCACGCACGCGGUCAACGGCUUCCGCAGGGCUAUCAAUAUCGAGCUGGAAUCACCCACUGUCCGAUCCGUUCUUCGGCCUGGCCAAAAUGGCAUCAUGAUCCUGCCGGUUAACUGGCGCCACCUCUUGGACUUUGACGACGCCAGCGCUGGCAAGGAAGGUGGCGACAAGACAGGUUACGCUCCCGACGGCUUUACCCUAAAAGACAUUGAGCCGCCCACUAUCCCGGCCGUUCGCAGCAUGAUCUCGGACGUCAUGUUCGACAUCCCUUACUACAUGUCUCACCUCAAGCCCAAGAUGAUCGCCGCCCUCGUCGGCGAAGCCAACCGCAUCUACCGUCUUUGGUGCGCCAACAACCCCGGCUUUUCCGAGAAAGGCCGUGUCCACCUCAUCGCCCACUCGCUCGGCAGCGCCAUGGCCAUCGAGGUUCUCUCCAAACAACCCACCCGCGUGCCCCGCCCGCUUGAUCUCUCCCCGUCGUCCCCGCCCGAUACCCGCUUCUUCGAGUUCGACACCACCAACCUUUUCCUGCUCGGCAGCCCGGCCGGGUUCUUCCUCCUCCUCGACCGCGGCCGUCUGCUCCCGCGCCGGGGGCGUCUCAAGCCGGGCGCCGAGGCCGCCGAUACCGUGGCCAAGGAGGUGGUCAGCGAUGUCGGCGUCUUCGGCUGCAUCGCCGUCGACAACAUCUACAACAUCCUCGCCAAGGAAGACCCCAUCGCCUACCUCCUCAAUGGCGCCAUCGACCCAGUCUACGCGGCCAACCUCAAGACCGCCUACGUCCCCACCAUCAGCACCUCCUUUUUCAAAUCCCCCCCGCACAUCUCCCGGCUCCCCUCGCAACUCGAACUCGAAGUGCACGACUUCUCGCGCGAAGAGAUUGCCGAGAGGAAAGCCUACUUGCUAAAUGACAACGGCCAAAUCGACUUUUACCUGCGAUCGGGCGGCGGGCCGCUCGAGAUCCAGUACCUAAAUAUGUUGAGUGCGCAUACGAGUUACUGGACGAAUCAGGAUCUGAUCCGGUUGUUGUGUUUGGAGAUUGGGCGCGUGCCCGGCCGGGCUCAUGCGUUACGGUCGAUGAGGCCGGUUAAGGUGAAGGGGAGGUUUGUGGGGUAG